AUGAGCUCCCCCUCCCAGACCCCCAAUCCGUCCCCCACCCAGUCCCCUUCCCAGUCCCGCUCCCACCACUCCCCGUCCAAGGGCUACCGCUCGGGCACUGCGCCCUCCCCGUCCCCGACCCGGGGGUCCACCCGGGUCCCCUCGCACCCCGCCACCCCCCCCACCGCCUCCCAGCCGUCCUCCCGGGGCUCCUCCCUGACCCCCAGCCCGCACGUCCAGCAUGUGGCACGAGGGUCCGGCCAGGUGCCCACCCCGCCCACCUCCAAGUCACCAUCUCAGUCGGGCUUCAAGGUCCUGUCCCGCAACCCGUCCCUGACGCCCGCUGGCCUGGUCAGGUCUCCGUCCUACUUCGGGCCGGCCAUCUCGGCCACCUACAUCGGGCCGGCACGGGCCAUCCCCUCGCAGAUCGCCCCGUACGUGCCCCGCUUCCUCAAGGAGCCCCCCUUCUUCCAGCCCCCCACCUCGCAGCUGCCCCAGAACCAGUGCUUCCCCUGCCCCUUCCCGUGCCAGCCCCAGGGCCCCGACCGGGAGCGGGCACCCCCUCCCGACUCCCUCUACUUCCCGCUGCUGCCACCGCCGCCUCGCCAGCCGCAGACCCGCAGCUCCUUCCCCACCCCGCCGGCCCUGUUCACGCCGCCCUCGUCGCUGUCCUACACGCUGCCCCCCGACGUGCUGGUGAGCGGGAAGCCGCAUGUGGUGCCCACCUCGCUGCCCGCCACCUUCUACACGCCCUUCUCCCGCUUCUACACCCAACCGCGCCCGCGUCGCGCCCGCCGGCUGCUGACCACCCUGCCCGGAUCUCUGUCCCUCCCGCCUGUCAUGCCCGGGAACCUGGAGGGGGCUGGCCGCUCUGUCCACUUCUUCCGCGACUCUUAGGCCUCAGACUUACUUCGGACCAGAAGCCUCUGCCAGGAAAUUCAAACUCCUGCAUCCUAACUUCAUUAGCUACGUGACAGAGAGGUUUUUAAAAUCCAAGCGCAAGGCU